GUCAAGAAUCGUAAUCAAAAUAUUCGUUUCUUAUCAAUGAAAUAAAACUACUGUGUCGCAGCAUAUAAUUUUGGUGCACAAAGCAUUGAGUGGGGAAGGAGAUCAAAAGCUGAGCUAUUCUUGGAUGACAACAGGGGGUUGUCACAAGGGCUUUAGCCUCAAAAGCUCCCUGAUUUUGGAUUCCAUUUUCUGUAGCUUUCUAUUUCAAGAAGCAGAGUGAUUUUCUAGAAAUCUUUAAUUACAAUUAUGCAACAUUUUUACUUAAAUCAGUGUAUUAAUGAACUAUAUUUCACAAAAGUAAAUCAAUUUUUGCAAAGAUAAUUUAUUAAUGAACUUUACAAAAUAGCUAGAUCUUAUUUUUAUUAUAAAUCUCGAAAUUUGUAUGCUUUUUGUCAAUUGUCAUCACUCCAACUGCGUCUAUUCACACUUUUUCCCCCUUUUUUAUUGGGUUUUGUUUAUUGAGUAGGUCGGCUUGGGUGACGUGUGUAUUUCUAUUUACUGCCGGCAAUCUUGUUGGCAUCUUUUGCUCCAGCUCUCUCUCCCUUCUCCAUCAUAUACUGUGUGUAUAUACUGCAUAAGCUCAAUUAAAAGUCCAUCUUCUAAGAAGAAAAGAAAAGGGUGUCCCUGGAUUUGAAGAUUGCAUUCAUCCGGUUCUAUCGAUGUUCUUGAACGGGUUUGGUGCAAACUAAGUUCAAGAAAGAUGGUGAAUUCUUAUAAAACGCAUAGCAAUGGACAUGUGAAAGAUCCCAGUCUAAUUAUCCGGCAUCCCUCGUACCAAUCCUCGAGCAAGUUUUCGUUGCCUUGGUUUGAUACAAGAGUGUUCUAUGUUAGAAUCAGCAAUUUCAGGGUUGAUGAUUCGACCCCAGAAUUUCUCACUCUUGAUCAUAUCCCUUUGAUCCCUGACACUCUCCUUGAAGUAAAUGGUGUAAGAUGUUCAAUUGAGUUGAAAAGAGUUUCUUGCCUUCUCCGAAGGGAUAGGGUAGAUAAGAAAUCCGAAGAGGCUACAUUUGUUAGCACUGACAGUAUACGAUUAAAUGGUAGUGCAAGGUUUGAAGUUUUUAAUAAAAAGGAGCUCGUGCUCUCUGGGAUUUUGGAAAUGUCUCGUGCCAAUGGUUCUAUGAAGGAAUCAAACAAUUUGGCCCGGAAGUGGAGUAUGAAUUGUGAAUCAGUAAUGACUGGUGGCAGUGGAUUUCUCAAGGGGAAACAUAUUAAGGGCGCUGAAUCAUCGUUGCCUACAGUUGAAGUUUAUGUUGCAGGUUGUUUCUCGGGAACACCAAUCAUAUUAACCAAGACGUUGCAGCUUAAUCAUGCAAAGAAAAAUAAAAAGGGAAUGUUAGAUAUGAUUCCAGAAUGCGAUGCCUCCGAGUCCCAUGAAGAUGUUGCAUCUGGACAUGAUCUACAGAGUACGGAAGUUAUAAACCAGAAAGCGAUGAAGACUAUGAUGACAUGUAUUGGAGACGGACGGAAUAUGUUGAAGGUGAAGACGGGGAACUAUCUUGGUUUAAUGCCGGUGUUCGAGUGGGUGUUGGAAUAGGCCUUGGCAUUUGCUUGGGGGUCGGAAUUGGAGUUGGUUUGUUGGUCCGUACUUAUCGAACAACAACCCGAAAGUUUAAAAGGCGGCUUGCAUAGUUGCUCAUAUUAUCAUAAUGCCUCGUCUCACUUUACCGGCUAACACAAUCAUUAGUAUGUCCAUUUUGGAUGCAAAUUUUCUUAGUGUUAAUUUUGGAAAAAUGGGAAAGUCAAAAGAUAGAAGUCUCUACUCGAUCGAUGUACUGGACCGUCUUGGACUCUCGGGUUGAUUUUCUUUAUUUUCGAAAGAAUUCUCGUGCUGUUAAUUGUUUUGAAGAGAAUGUUGGUAUAUAUAUCGGGGCAUAAAUGAAGAAAGUUUGAUUUAUCGCACUGUA